AUGUCGCACCGUCGCGAAAAGCGCGAGAAACUCGUGGACCGACUUGGUCGCAUGUCCUGGUCUCAAGACAGUCAUGCUCGUCAGUUCUCUCUGAGUCUGCAACCUCCUAAUUAUACCUACCUCAAAGACCGCUACGAAUACAUCUACAAAUUCCAACCGGCGCGCUCCCAGAAGGACGCGGUCAUUCGUCUUGUUCGCCAAGCUAUUGAGCAACUCAAUCAACAUCCAGACCACGGGGUCCUAAUGUGCAACAACCACAUCCAAAUUACUCCUUCCACUACCGCACCUCCGAUCUGGCCACCGGACUCGAAGAACAACAAUGACGUUAAGUUUUACACUUUCUUUCGGGACGAUGAUGAGUUCCCAGCAACCGUUCCGGUCUCGAUCAUUCCGCGCGAAGGUCAAAUAACGGUGGACAAGAUUCAUGUGCGCGUGAAGGGCGUGUGGGUUCCCAUUAAGGACUGGCUACUGCGAUUUGCGGACACAGACCUUCUUCGUAGGCGAGGCACAACAUCUGUAACAUACUUCUUCCGCAAGCGUAGCAAGCAGCCGUUCCGAUUGAUGGAUUUGCCGGUUGAGAUUCGACUCAUGAUCUUCGAGUUUGCCAUUGCACCUGCUGGUAAGGUGUAUCCACGCAGUAAGGCAUCCAAGAACGACUGGCCUGCCGACGUGUCGAAGGUGAAGCCGCAGGAUGAACACAUCACACUGGGAAUUGGUUACAACAAUACGAGCUCACAGCGCGUGGAAGUAUACCAGGAGACUCCUCCACCAAACCUCAGCCUGCUAUACAUCAACAAAAAGGUAAAGGAUGAAGCCCUAAAGGCUGGCUGGGAGGGUCUCAAGCGCUGCUUUGUCGAUUAUCCAGCCUUCAGUUCUGUUGCUGAAUCAAAGAUUGGUGUAGCAACUCGCUUCAACAUCCUGGGACAUAUAGAACUCAGCUUCACGAGCAAGGCAUGGUUCGAGUUUUUUGGUAUUGAGGUCAAGCCGAUCAUCCAUCUGACCGAGUCGAUAUCCCUCGGCCACCAUCUUACACGUCUCAACGAGCGAACUCAUCUCGAGAUUCGCUUUCGCGAUCCUGAAGACGGGUACAUUGGCGAUCCUUGGGGCGAGACUUUCGAGCGCACGACUUGCCAGACGAUUAUGGUUGAUCAUAUCUUGACACUAGCUUUCGAACACAUCAAACACAUCAAGGAUAUCAAGAUAACCGGCUUCGUUCGAAAGCCCCAAAAGGAUUACUGGCACGAUAUCUUGGCUAAAGAGCGGAUCAAUCAGCCUCAUGGGCAUGACAAUGGAGCCACGCUCAAAGCCAUCUUGAACACGCCAAACGAGAACCUGCCACAUGACUGUAUCUGUCGCAAGUCUUGCAUUUGUCAGUUCAAAGAUCGCUGGUUCUGGGAUCGAUCUCGCGAUUCAUAUGGCAACAUACGGGGCGAUUGGUUCCUCGAAGGCACCCGCUUUGACUUCGAGGACGGUACAGAGAACGAGGUGCACGACGAGAGCACUGCUUUAUGCAUGGGAAGCUACUGGUAG